AUGGCCCAAAGAGAUCUUACCUUUAAUACACCUCAAUUAGGUGUCGAUGGCCAUUCGAAUAAUCCUUAUGAUCAACCAACAUCGCACCAAGAUCUUCAUUCCCAACAAACAAACCCCUUUGCAUCUCCAGGAGAAGAAUCAUCAUCUUUCGAAUCUCGUCGAAACUCAUUCAAUUUAUCCGAUGAUGAAAAUUCUCAUUACGGCAGACCAUUUAACGCUUAUAAUAAUAAUUACGCUUCAAGAAAUGGUACUUCAUCUAAUCUUUUAUCUCAAGAAUCUUCAGUUGAUGAUUUUAGAAACCAAAAUACUAGAAGGCUUUCUGGUACUCCAAAUUCCCCCCAUGCUGAUUCUUUGGUGGUACCCCCAGAAUUUGAUAGAUAUCCUUCUAUGGGCGGUUCAAGAAAUUCAACCUACAGCAGUUAUAAUAAUAGUAGUAGUAACUUGGUUGGCGCCGCUGCUGGUGCUGGUAUGGCCGGAGGUUCUGCUUUCAAUUCUUCAAAUAAUUUACUCAGAUCAGAUGAUGAAGAUUCUUUAUCUAAUAAAUCAGAUCCUUUCGUUCAGUCUACUGAUUUUAGUCCCUUUGGUGGUUAUCCAGCCCUGUCAUUUCCUUUACAUAUCGAUGAAAAAGAACCAGAUGAUUACCUUCAUAACCCUGAUCCAAUCGCUGAUGCUGCUUAUGAUAAAAAUAGAUUCAUGCAUGAUUUGAAAAAUAUGGAUAAAAGAUCUUUUGGUGGUCUUAUGGGGAUAAUAGUCUUAUUACUCGGGGCAAUUUUCAUUUUCAUUGUUUUCCCAGUCUUAACUUAUUCUGGGGUAACUUCUGGUUAUAAACCGGAAACUUAUGCUAAAUUAUCCCCUUAUAGUUAUCCUUUAGCAGCUGCAAUUAGAACAAGUUUAGUUGAUCCUGAUACUCCAAAAGAUGCCUUAACUAAGAAAAGUCUCAGAGGUGAAGAAUGGGUUUUAGCCUUUUCUGAUGAAUUUAAUGUCGAAGGUAGAACUUUUUAUGAAGGUGACGAUCAAUUUUUCACUGCUCCUGAUAUUCAUUAUCAAGCUACUAAUGAUUUAGAAUGGUAUGAUCCUGAUGCAGUUACUACCGCUAAUGGUACCUUAGUUUUAACCAUGGAUGCUUUGAAAAAUCAUGAUUUAUUUUAUAGAUCCGGUAUGGUUCAAAGUUGGAAUCAAUUAUGUUUCUCUCAAGGUAUGAUUAUGAUUAGUGCUCAAUUACCUAAUUAUGGUAAUGUUUCGGGUUUAUGGCCAGGUUUAUGGACUAUGGGUAACUUAGGUCGUCCUGGUUAUUUGGGUAGUACUGAAGGGGUUUGGCCUUACACUUAUGACUCUUGUGAUGCUGGUAUUACCGCAAAUCAAUCUUCUCCUGAUGGUAUUUCUUAUUUACCAGGUCAAAGAUUAAAUUCUUGUACUUGUCCAGGUGAAGAUCAUCCAAAUCCCGGUCAAGGUAGAGGUGCUCCAGAAAUUGAUAUUUUAGAAGGUGAAGUUGAUACUAAUAAAUUAUAUGGUGUUGCUUCUCAGUCUUAUCAAAUUGCUCCUUAUGAUAUUUGGUAUUAUCCUGAUUAUAAUUUUGUUUCAAUUCAUAAUCCAGAUAUUACAACCAUGAAUACUUAUACUGGUGGUCCAUUACAACAAGCGGUUUCUGGUACUACUACUUUAAAUACUGAUUGGUAUGAACGUGGUGAAGGUGAACGUAAGUAUCAAGUUUUCGGUUAUGAAUAUUUAAGUGAUAAUGAUGAUGGUUAUUUAACUUGGCACGUUAAUGAACCAACUCUUACUCUUGAAGCUUAUGCUUUAUCUCCAAAUGGUAAUGUUGGAUUUAGAAGAAUUUCAAAAGAACCAAUGUCAAUCAUUCUUAAUUUAGGUAUUUCCAAUAAUUGGGCUUAUAUCGAUUGGAAUUCAAUUCUUUUCCCAAGUCAUAUGCGUAUUGACUAUGUUAGAAUUUACCAACCUAAAAACAACAUUAGUAUAACUUGUGAUCCAGAAGGUUAUCCAACUUCUGAUUAUAUUCAAAACCACUUAAAUCUUUAUCAAAAUAAUAAUCUUACCUCUUUCGAAGAUGGUGGAUAUACUAGACCUAAAGAUAAAAUAACUGGUUGUUAG